AUGGAGAGCCAGCGCUGCUUCGCCAACCGCUUCGAUGACUACCCGGGCAGCCCCGCGGCGGCGCCGGACAGGGAGGCGGCGGUGCCGCUGGUGACGGCCACCAUCGAGCGCAUCCUGCGGGAGCUGCCGCCCCUGGGCGGCCCCCGCGGGUGCCCGGGCGGGCUGUACGGCGGCGUGGCCGGCGUGGCCUACAUGCUGUACCACGUCGCGCAGUGCCCGCUGUUCGCCCCGUCAAGGGACUCGUACCUGCGGGCCGCCCGCCGCGUCGUGGACGCCUGCCUGCGGUACCAGGAGGGAUGCGGCGAGGCCGACGCCGACACCCGCGCCGCGUUCCUGCUGGGCGGCGCCGGGGUGUACGCGGUGGCAGCGCUGGUCUACCGAGCCCUGGGGCUGCCCGAGUUCGCCCGCCCGCUGGGCAAGUUCAGGGAGCUGAGCGAGGUCUGCGCGCCGCUCUCCUUCCUCGAGUGCGGCUCCGACGAGCUCUUCGUGGGCCGCGCAGGGUACCUGUGCGCCGCCCUGGUGCUGAAGCAGCGGCUGGGCAUGGAGGUGCUGACCCCAGCACAAAUAAAAUCAAUUUGCCUGGCCAUACUAGAAUCAGGAAAACAGUAUGCAGUGAAGAAGAGGAAACCAUUCCCACUCAUGUAUUCCUACUACGGAACGGAGUAUCUUGGUGCAGCUCAUGGGCUUUCGUCAAUCCUUCAGAUGCUGCUCUCCUACUAUGAGUACCUGCAGCCAGCAGAUCAGGAGCUUGUGUGGCAGAGUGUGGAUUUCCUCAUGGACCAGGAACAGAACAGCAACUGGCCUCCUGAGCUGGGGGAGACAAUCGAGCGGGAGAAUGAGCUGGUGCACUGGUGUCAUGGAGCUCCAGGCAUUGCAUACCUGUUUGCCAAGGCUUACCUGGUUUCCAAGAAGCCUCAAUAUCUGGACACUUGUAUCCGCUGUGGAGAGCUGACUUGGCAGAAAGGCCUGUUGAAGAAGGGCCCUGGAAUAUGCCACGGAGUGGCUGGUAGUGCUUAUGUGUUCCUGCUGCUAUACAGGCUCACUGGAAACUCAAAAUACAUAUACAGGGCACAAAGAUUUGCAGAGUUCUUAUUUACAGAAGAAUUCAAGGCUGGUUCCCGGGCACUAGAGAGUGUCUAUAGUCUGUAUGAAGGUUUUUCAGGAACUGUGUGUUUCCUGACUGACUUGCUGCAACCCAACCAAGCCGAGUUUCCUCUCUUCAGUGUCUUUGUCUAAAGACUGACACCCCCCAGGGCCACAUCCCAGUGGCGAUGGGGGAGGGCACCUGCAGUUUCACCUUUUUGUCAAGACAGGCUAUUUCCAAAACGAGCCAGUGGUACCACUAAUGCUAGCCUUAAUGUAGCUGGGAGAAGGAUGAGAAAGAAAACACACUGGGGCUUUGGGAGGGAAGUGUGUGGUCACUAAAAAUGGUCAGUGAAAAAAAAAAAAGGGGGGGGGGGAACUGAUUGAAUCUGAUAGGGUAGAUAUUUAGCUGUAAUAAGAAGCAUAAUCUAAUCAUUCAAGUGAGAGAGAAAGGGGCAUUAUCUUACUUUUAAUUUGGCGGUAGUACAGGAGAAAAAAAAAAUAAAAAAGCAAGCUAGGAUUGCAGGGACAUGCAAAGAAGAAACAGGGAUGCAUUCAGUAGGUUUUAAAAGGAGUCCUGCAAAGACAAUUCAUGAAGCAAUGCACUUACUGGGAAAGGUGUUGUAGACAUUUCACUACACUGCACAAAGGGAUUUUUUUACCUAAGACACAUCUGCUAGUUUUAGUAACGUGUAUUAGGAAUACCUUUAUCUUGGAGCUCUUGCCUCUUCAUGUGCAUAUAAUAGUUCUGUAGAUAGCUGUGUGUUCAGGCUGCAGUUUCACAGUUCAUUUCAGCAAGUGGGGUCUCAUGUGUGUAAAUGAGCACUGAAUUUGACUCUGCGUUUCAGAGCUCAGUCUGUGGCAAGGAGCUGGUCUCCUCACUGAAUUACUGUGACCCUGUCACUUGUCAGUAUUUUCCCUGUCACUGGGAAGGUGGGUGAAGCUGUGGAGAAGAUUUGGUUAAAAAAGUUCUGUAGCAAAGAUAACAGCAGGCAGAUGCUUUCUUCAUGAUUCAGCAUUGCUAGAUAAGUAUUGUUCAGUGACACAAAAGCUUCCUUUAAAAAUUACUUAUAGCAGCAUUUUUGAACAGUAACAUACAUGAUUCGAACACAGAAAAAUCUCUUUUCCUUGAUGAAUUCUUCACUAUAAACCCUGGAAACUGAAAGCAAACCUUGGAUGACAUACUGAUCUUAAGAAAAACCUGGUAACAAAAACUAAAAUUGCUUCCUUUCCUAGUAAACAAAAUAGCGUAUAUGCCCAAAUGAUUUUUAGCUAUAGAAAUAAAUGGGUUGCUCAAUACUAGUUGCACUAGCACUUAAGGUUGCAAUUAUAUGCUGUUUUAUAUGUAUUAUAGAUAUGACAUGGUACUUGAAAGCUAAAGAAACCAUUGACAUAGAUUUGUACUAAAAACAUAAAAACAAUAUCUGUAGUUGAAAUAUAUUUAAUAUUUAUUCAUUUAUUUUUAUUUACAUGGGAAUAAUGUAACACAAUUACCUGUAAAGACAAAUUGGGAAGACCAGUAUGUCAGAAACUGAAGUUGUAGAAAAAAAGCUGAUGUACAUGCACUGCCAAACAAUGCAGUCUCUCUUCCUGCAUUCUCAGCUGGAGGAAGUUACAAUUUCUUUAUUUUUAAUGCCUAAUGGAUUAAAGUUCCCAUUUCAUUUCAGUGGGCUUUGAUCAGGCUAUAAGUUGGAGCAGGGUCUUGAAAUCCCUCCACAUUUUAAUAUAAUAAUCCCACUCCUGCUCUUGCCAUUGUAAUUUUAAUGAGAUGGCUUGCAUGACUAUGAGCUGCAGAUAAGGAUUUCUCUUAUUUAGUGUUGCCCUGCGCAGCUCUAAUUAAUUACUUAAUCAUAAAAAUAACCAUAUUUCAUUAGUGAAUAAAGCAAUGCAGUUCUAUAUCAGUUUGUCAAGAAUUUAAGUAUCUUUUAGCAAAUGGAAAUGUUACAACUCAAUAUACGUUUGCUAUGUGGGUUAAAAGGCCUUUUAAGAAAGCCAUAAAUGUCACUGAGUUGGUUACUCUGAGCACUGUGUGUGCACAUAGAAGGAUGAAUUCCACUGGGAGGUGUAUACACGUGAGGCUGAAUGAAAAAGUCAGUGGAGAUGUGUGUAAGCUCUGCCCAGCAACGUUGAAAUGCUCCUGUUAGAUCAGAGCUAAGUUGUGGGUAGUCAAGAUCCCAUCUCCAUUAGGAUGUUUAUGUAGUUGCUUCCUGCAAUGCAUGUGGCUCAUAUAUUUCAUAACUGGAAUCUUUUUAAACAAAUGUUUUGGAAGG